AUGACAACCAGACCCAAAACAACCAUGGCCAAACGCACCCUCGAUGCAUUCUUCAAACCCUCCACCACCCCUCCAAAACGUCCAAAGACCGAACCGUUCGAACCCAACCCCCAAAUCCCAACCCCCGAGCCUCCAACCAAAGCUCCAAACGAAGAAGCCAAACCCCCAAGCCAACACCCAAGCUACCCAAUCCCAAUCCCCCAACUCCCAUCACACAUCGAAGUCGGCCUAGAACACGCAACACCGGCCAAACAACCCCUCAAAGUAAACAACCAACCCCACCUAGACCUCCUCCAUUUCCAACCCUACAUCCCCCGCACAACCGCCAACGAACUCUUCAAAUUCCUCCGCCGCGAGCUCCCCUUCUACCGCGUCAGAUACACAGCCCGACGCGGCGACAUAGAAACCCAAAUCAACACCCCCCGCUGGACAACGGUCUUCGGCGUCGACGCAACAUCCACAUUCACAGAAACCCGCAACCCAAGCCUCCUCGAAACAAAAACCAACCUCCCAAUCCUUCCAACAAAAUACCAAUGCACGCCGCGCCCAAUCCCAGCCUGUCUCGAGGUGCUCCGCAAACAGGUUGAAGCAGCAAACGCCGCGGCGGGAACAGACACGAGCUACAAUUUCUGUCUGGUGAAUUACUACGCGAGCGGGGAAGAUAGUAUCGCCUUCCACUCCGACGACGAGCGGUUUCUGGGGCCGGAGCCGAAUAUCGCGUCGCUGUCGCUGGGUGGAGAGCGGGAUUUUUUAAUGAAGCAUAAGCCUUUCGUUGGUGGGAAUUCGAACGGGGCUGCAGGUGGAUCCGUGCAUGGUGCAGCGAUGGGCGGGUUGGGUUGCAAUGCGACACAGGGGCCUGUUUCGGGGAGGUUGGAUGGAAAGCUUUCUGGGCCGAAGGGUGGCACGGUGGCACUGCAGCAGAUUAAGAUGAAUCUUGGGUCGGGUGAUAUGGUUGUGAUGCGUGGGCCGACGCAGUCGAAUUGGCUACAUAGUAUUCCAAAACGGAAGGGGAAAGCUGGGGAGGCGACGAGGGGGCGGAUUAAUAUCACUUUUCGGCGGGCUGUUGUUCCUGGUGGGACGAAUAAUUAUUAUCAUUAUAAUGUGGGUAGUGGGGGGAUGUAUAGGUGGGAUGAAGUUGCGAGGGAGAUGGUCCCGGAGACGAAGGGAUAG